AUGUAUAAUCUCACUUCUGUUUACAACAAUAAAGCAAGAUACUUUACCUAUGAUGGUAGUACUUCUGUUUUACCCAUGUGGAUUUUGACACCAAAAGGCCAAAUUAGAGAUAUUAAUAAUGCUACUACUUGGAGCCCUCAGUUUUGUUAUGGGUACGAUUCCGCUAAUGGUUGCGUGGAGUCGAUUUUGCCUCAGUGCAGGACAGAGAACGAUAAUUUUAUUAAAAAGAAUGGGGAUUUUUCUCAGGAUAUGACAAAAGGAAUCAAUAGGUUUUUGGUUAAUCCUCAUGAUAACUCUACAUCAAAGUAUGUGAUCAGCCAAAAUCCAGAAAAUCGAAGUACAGGAAACGAAACACAAAAGAGCAAGAAUUGGAUAUGGAUAUCAAUUAGUGUUUCCAUUCCUCUUGUUUUCCUUUGUUUUGGGACUUUAUGGUAUAUAAAGAAGAGAAAGCAUAGACAAAAAGAAUAUGAGAGACGGAAGAGAGAUGAAUAUUUCGUGGAGCUGACAACUUCUGAAAGCUUCAAGGAUGUACAUCAGCUUGAAACAGAUGGUGUGAAAGGAAAUGAUUUAUUAUUAUUUAGCUUUCCCUCUAUCAUGGCUGCUACCAAUGAUUUCUCAGUUGAAAAUAAGCUUGGACAAGGUGGUUUUGGACCUGUUUACAAGGGAAAACUAAGUGAUGGGAGAGAAAUUGCAAUCAAAAGGCUUCAAGAACAUCAAGGCAAGGGCUUGUGGAAUUCCAGAAUGAACUAGUACUCAUAGCUAAACUUCAGCAUACAAAUCUUGUUCGAGUUCUUGGUUGUCGCAUUCACGGAGAAGAAAAGAUGAUAAUAUAUGAAUAUAUGCCCAACAAAAGUUUAGAUUUCUUUGUAUUUG